AUGAAUAGUGAUCAAUUCUCUAAGCUCAUUAAGAAUUAUGAUAAUAAGGAUAUCUUGAGAUACCUUAUUGAACUUAAUGGCAGACUAAAUAGAUAUGAUGAUCCUGAGCUCGAGAUUGAUUUUAAUAUAUGUCUAGGACAGUUAUCAGAGUUAGUUGAAAAAUUGAAGUCUGUUCAGCCGCCUAAAGGCAAGACAAAAUCAAAGGAAACCAACGAUACCAGCGAUAUAGAAAGUGCUGAGAGUAAGCUUUCUUUGAAUGUUUACAAGUUGAUUUCGAAGAAUUUGAUACUAGUUCUUGCUCAAUUGCCCACGAAAACAUACGACUUUGCUAACGCAUUACUUAACCAUUUAAAUUUAAAUGAAUCGGGAAGUUUACCUCCCAUUGCGAAAGUCUCUAUAAUACUUCUUAUAGAUCUAUUUGAGACUUAUCCAAAUUCGUUGAAUUCUUUGGUGAGUUUCUCAGUCAACCAAAUUUAUAAGAUCAUAAAGAAACAUCCAGAUAUAAGUAGCAGCUUAAUUUCCUUAUUAAAUUCUAUUACUAAGAAUGCAACGAAGUUUGACGUUGAUGAUAAAUUACAGGCGAAGUUGUUAAAAAUAAUCAACAAGAAUGUCUAUUUCAAUAUUUCUUUUGAAUUACCCCUAAAUUUUGCUCCCACAAGUAGUGAUAUCUCGUCCACUGUUCUAUUGAAGAAAAAUUAUAUGUUAGUGUUGAAGAAUAUUCUUUUGCUUUCCGUGUCGUCAAAUUAUGAAAACUUGCUUGCAUUAUCAACCUCUUCCUCAUCCGCAGGCUCAAAAUUAAAGCCUGAAGCAAUUAUGUUACAACAACAUCAAUUUCAAAUGAAUUUGCUAUCUAAUAAUGAAAAACUUUUCCGUUAUGGUCUUACUAACUUCUGCAAAGAGGUUAGGAUUGCUACUGUUGAACUUCUAGCUUAUUUGUUUAUUAACUUUAUUCCCACAGGAAAAUUCAAUCCAAUAGAAUAUUUGACUUAUGAGUAUACCUUGCCUCAUGUUAAUAGUUGGGAUGACUCGUUAACUGCAAUGACUAGUACUGAAAAUGAUUUAGUGACUGUUGAUGUAAGAAAGGAAAAGAAUACUAUUUGGAAUCAUGAUAGUGAAAAUAUCAUACGUACAAAUACUGAUUUGUUAUUAUAUCAAACAGGCAUAAUUGAAACCUUAAUAUUCUAUAUUCAGUUGGAACAAUUUCAAAAUUCAGACUAUUUAUCAGGAAAUUUGGUUACUAUUUUGGAUAUUUUAUUGUGUAAGUUCGGUGAGCUAAAUGAUGUCGAUAAUCACAUACAAAAUCAAUAUUGGAAUAAAACUUUGAAGCAUUUCACGUCAAUAUUAGAUUAUAUUAUCGACGAAAGCGGAUCGACUUGUCAUGAAAUACUAAUGGGUUAUACUUAUUCUAAAUUCAAUUUAGACUCAUUGUCAGAUAAUACUGAACAAUCUUCUGAAUCGAUCAACACUAAAACGUCUCAUAAUCGAGAUAAUAAAAGAGAAUCAAAAUUAUUUACCUUCAAGACAGGAAAGAGCAGUCUGAAGUUAAAAAGCAAAGAUGCAAGACAGAAAGAAAUAAUACCAUAUCAAAAUUCAUAUCAAUGCUAUUUAUUAUUGCAUAUCAUAGAGAUAUUAUUACCAUUUGGGUUGGAUUUUAAUUCAAUAGUACAAACUAAACAAGCUUUACCGGAAAAAUCUUCAGAAAUACACGAUGGCGAUGAAGAAAGGGCGAAUAUCUCCAAAGAAAUAGAAGAAGAAGAAGAAGAAGAAGAAGAACAAGGAAUUGCUGAUAAUGAUAAAUCAUUUGUACGAGACAUUAUCUUUAAAUUGCUUAUCAAUAAUCGAACUAGCAUCAGAAUUUAUGCUUUGACAACAUUAUUGAAAUAUGCGUCAAAUAAUGAAGUCGAAACCAAUCAAUUGAUAUUGGAUCUAUACAAUUUAGUGAGUCAUGAAUAUAAAAAUUCUGAUAGUCAGCACGAAUCGAAUGUUGUUGGCAAUGUUGAUGAGCACAAUUGUGGUUUAAUUGAUGUAAGAUUAAUGAGUUAUUCAUUGGCACUUCUGGCUUUGAUAAAGCAAACAGAUUCUACGUUGCUUCAAAACUCAACUAUUGUGAGGAUUUUAAGUUUUUGUACCCAAAGUUUAAAGCAUAAUAGUCAUAAUAAUGCCGUUAGAAAUUCAGCAUGUUGGACUAUCUUAUCAUCUUUAAUUACGUUCUAUAACGAUUCUGAAUUUGUUAAAUUGAAUUCCUCCCAAUUUUUGGUAUUCUGGAAGGGUUUAUUGACAUCACAAUUUAUUAGUUCUUCAUUGAAUAAUAGUAGUCAGGAGGGACAACAACGUGAAAUAGUUGACAACCUAAAGUUAAGAAACUCUAGUUUGAUAUGCUUAUUAAAUUAUUUGAACUCAGUCCAACUAACUCCAGAAUCUUUAAAGCAAUUGCAAUUCUUAUUAACUAAAUCGUAUAAUUACUUGACCUAUCUAGAAAAUAAUAUUGAAGGAGUUGGUCCUAUAACUAAUUUUACGAGCCUGGACUUUAAUGAAAAUGAUUAUAAUCCGACUAUGGUGAACAAUAUUCAUUAUUCAAAUUUUAAUGCUAAUAAGAAAUUAUCUUUUGAGCGUGUGAUGAUAAGUUUGAUAUUAUACAGCAAGAAUAUUUUACUACAAAGUUUUAUCAAGCUUGCAGCCUUAUUAAAAAAUGAUAUAAACUCAAAUAUGGUGAUAUUCUUAGUUAAGCUAUUUAGCGAUUCCAAGAUCUUUUCUAGAUGCUUCCCUCCCGAGCAUACUAAAGAAAAGUCUAAAUCCAGCAGUAACAAAGCAAUUCAGACGAAAAUCAAUGACUAUGAUAAUGAUAUAAUUCUUUUGGGUGAAGAUUAUAAUUAUUCUUUUGGUGUAACUAGUAAAUUUCAAGGUUAUACCUCGAAUAUUGAUGAAUUAUUGAUUAAACUUACCCUCGAAGAAACUGCCGAAAAGAGCACUGCCACAAGCAUAUCUUACAACGAUGCGUUCUCUAGCAAGGAACAGUCUCUUGGGUCACCAAAAUCUAUGAUUGAAUCUCCUUUCGAAGACAAGAGUUAUGCAUGGUUUGAUUACUUUGAACACCUUAUAUUGCAGUCAGUGGACCAUAAUGUAAUUUAUGAUCCUAAUAUAUACUUAGUUCAAGAUUAUUCUGUUAAUGAGCAAUUUUCAUCAAAUAUCAUAACAUCACUUAUAGACCUUUCUAUUGAACUAUUUCAGCUAGUUUUUCCCUAUUUAAGUCCAAAAAUUCAGUUUUCAUUACUAGAACAGAUGAGAAAUUUCCUCACUGCAAAAUCCAUUGACCCAUUACGGUAUAAGGCUGUAUGUGUGAAUAUUUCCAUUGCGUUGCACGGAGUUUUGAGCAGUCUUAUAAAGAAGAAGCAAAUUUUGGAGAAAGAUAUCUUGAAUGUUUUACUAGAUAUAUUAGUGAAAAUUGAAACCAAUAAUAUGGAGCUUUUAUUUAUUAACUGCGAUUCUGUUGGCUUGGCAUGUGGUGUUCUUACUAAAGAUAGAGAAUUCACGAAUGAAAACAUAAACAAAUUUAUUGGUAAAAUUGUCAAUGAUAUUAAUCCCUAUCAAAGAGGUGCUUCUAUCUUAUCUUUGUCCAGAAUACACCAAUACACUCAUAUUGGUUUUUCUGAUGUGUAUAAUGUUGCAUUACAAUUACUUAAAGAUCCAAAUCCAAUUGUUUUGCAUUACUCAUUGAAAGCAACAAAUAUCUUACUUGAAAGUAAUUUGGAUAAUCUUCAUGUAAUUCCCGAACUAUUGGAUAACUUGUACAAUAUAUUUUUGAACGAUGGCUACGGUUAUGAUCUUGAAAAUAAGCUUCUAAUUAAUUUGAAAUGUAAGUUUGGAUCAAUUGGAACAGUGACUGAGUUGGUUAAACUAUGUGUAAGUUCGUUAGGACCUAAUUUACGCCUUAUUGGAAAUGAUGAUAAAUUGAAAAUAAGAGAUCUAAUUGUUGCCUUAAGUUAUGGUAUUGGUUGUGUUACUAUAUCCGAUUAUCUUGAAGUUUAUGAAAACCUCCUAAACAUUUUCCCAGAAUUGAUUAUUUUUGAUCCAAAAUUGAUUAAAAGUGGUCUUCAAUUUUUUACAAAUCUACUUGAUUUAAUUAUAUCUAAAAAUUUGAAAGUUGGAUUGGUAACUACCAGUCCUACUUCAUUGAAUAAAGAUAUAAUAUUUCCUUUUAAUUCUAGCUUCCUGUUGUUAAAAUCAGCUUUUGAAUGCUAUGUUGGCUUAAUAAAGAUAUAUGGUAGUGAAAUUCUAUCGAAAGAAACGGUAAAGAUUUUAUGGAUUGCAAUGAAUUUGAAACCAUGCGAACAGCUCAAACAAUUGAUAAGGCUUUGGAUGGAAUCAAGCCUAGAAAUGAAUUGGUUUAUGACUCUAAACUCGCUAUUCAAAUAUUCAUCUAAGAAAUUGAUUGGCCCAUUUAUUGAAGUUAAUUAUCUGCAAAAAUUGUUACCUUUACAACAAAGACAGAAAAAGAAAACUAAGUCUGAUGUUGAUUUCAGGGACGAAGAAAUAGAAAAUAUUGUAGGAAAUGAUGAUGAAUCAUCUGAUAAAAAUGAACCGAUUACAUGGGAAUUUAAAUUAUUUAUAUUUGAUUUGUUGAAUGAUUUAUUGGAGUAUUCUAAUAAAAACAGCCAGCUUCUAGAACAAUUGAAAAUGAAGAUCCAAGAUAUCAUCAAGAUUUCAUUUUUGGGCUCUUCUUCCCCAAUAACUUCUAUUAAAUUAAAAGGUGUUGGUUUGUUGGAUAAGGCUCUAAGAUUAUUUGGAGAUUUUGCAGAUCCAUUAUACCCCGGCGUUUCUAUUUUAGAGCAACAGCAAGCACUAAUUAUUAGUGCCUUGAUUCCUUGUUUUAAAGCGAACAAUAAUUCAAAAGUCAUUGUUAACGCAAUAAACGUAUCAUCCAAGUUUAUUAAUUUACCCAGAAUCAAAUUCUAUUCGAAGCAUAGAAUAUUAAAGACUUUGAUCUGCUUGUUGGAAGAGAUAUCGUCUAGCAAAUUUUUAAGAUUUAGUUAUUUAGAGAAUAUGUCUGAGUUUGGUAAAAAGACUAUACAGUUAUCUAUUUUGAACUGCUGGGCAUUAUUAAAAAUUAAUGUUCAAGAAGAUGAAGAAAGUGCAGAACCUGAGUUAGUUGAAACCCUUGAUAACUACUCAAUGUUAUUGAAUUCUUUAUGGAUCUUAGUCUUACGGGAAUAUUCUAUGUUGAAGUAUAAUGAAACUGCCUCAAAGGAAUUGGCAAUUUAUGAAAGCUAUUGGUUGAAUCUAAUAAACGUUUUGAGUUUAGAAUUAGAGAAUGAUAAAUUUGUCGAUGAAUAUUUAUCUGGUGAUGCUCAUAAUUUCCUUUUCAUUUUAUUCAGUCAGUGCAUUGAAUCUUUAAUAAAAAAUAAGAAUGUCUCAGAAAUAUUAGUUUCUUUGAACAGAUUAGUCCAAAGUCCGUAUUUGAUUGAUCUAAUAUUCAACGAUGAAAUUUUUGGGGAAGUAAUCAAUCUAUUUGACAGAUUGAUUUUAAUAGAUGAUGAUACCGAUAUAAAGUGUAAAUUGAUUGAAACUAUCAGUACUACCUUUCUAAGUUUUACCAAUAAGCAUAACGAUUUAACAGAAAGUUUCGACAAAUUAUUUGAAUUGAUAAGAGUUUGUAUGCUUCCAUUGUUUGAUAUUGUUCCAUUUUUACGAACAGAUUUCGACCCAAGUAAUGAAUCAACUCAGUUGCUCAUGAAACAUGCUGAUAGCAGCGCAAAUCUCAUUUUGAUAAAGAACUGCUUGCAUAAGUUGGUGGAUAUGAUGUGUCGAUUUCCUAGUGUCGUUAAAGCAGACCUUUAUUCUUGCUUAUUGUUUAUAUUCGCUAAGUUCUACGAGAAUGGUAAUGAUUUAUUAAUUUCAACUGUUUUGCCCCACUUAAAGCAAAUCAUUGCUGAAUCAAAGACGUUCGAGAAUACUGACUUGGUAUCUUGCUUCAGUAAGAUUAUUCGUAAAUAUUAUAAAGUUGAUAAGGCGAAUGAUUACUCAGUUUUAACUACAAUGAUUCUUAUUACUUCUGGUGACAUUGAAUUGAAUGAUGAGGAUUCGCAUCAGUUUAGCACCACAUUGAUUGAAGUUUUAAGAUCCCCCGAAUCAACCACAAUAGGUAUUCAAUGCAUCAAAUCAUUGAUUCAGUAUUCAUCACGACUCUCGAAAGAUAGUCUUGUCAUGAAGUAUUUGAUAAGUGGUUUAAUAAAACUUCUCGCGGAUGACACACUGGAUUUGGAUCCAAAAAUUGUAUUUGAAAUUCUCUUCUUGUUUUCCAAAUCAUAUACAUUUAAUAAAGCAAAGAUUAUAUCUUUGUUUUCGAUAUUGAUGCCAUUAUUGACUAAAUUCGAUAAUGAUAAUAAGGGCAAUCUUAACAAAUCUUACUUGCAUGAAAAGUUAUUAUCGCUAAUACAACAAAACACGGAGGCCUUCAAGUUUGUAAUUGAUAAUGUUUUGACUGAAGAACAAAAGAAAUUGACGGAGGAUUUGGUUAAACUUAAUACAAGCUCAAGUGAUCAAAAUUAUCUCGGUGAUGACGACGGAUCAGAAAUCCAAUUGAAGACAUUCGGAAGCUAG